AAUUUGUUGCACAGAUUAAAAAUGCCGAUGAAACACUAGGAAAGUUUUCAUUAUCCACACAAUCACAUCUCCAAACGCAUUGUGAUGCAAUAUAUACCAGCAGACGAUUUAACCCUCUAAAUAUUGAUUCUGACAUGCUGCCUAAUCAGAUAGAUAAUAAUAAUGAACCAAACAAAAGCGAAUUUAUCAUCUCACAAGUUACUGAUAUACUGUCUCAUCUAA